GCCGCCGCAGCAUUUUUUAUUUUUUUGAAAAUACUUACUACUCAUGCAUUUAGAAAGGAAGAUGGCCGGUCGGAUAUAGACGACAUUAUACAGUAGUACGUAGGGAUCGAGCAGGUAUUGUAUUGCAUGAUGAUGAGUGGAGAAGUGAUUAUGGAAGGAGGGAGUGAGUUGAAGAAAGGGCCAUGGAAAGCGGAGGAAGAUGAGGUGCUGCUGGAGCACGUGAGGCAGCACGGCCCCAGGCACUGGAGCUCCAUUCGAUCCAAAGGCCUCCUUCAGCGCACCGGCAAGUCCUGCCGCCUCCGCUGGGUCAACAAGCUCCGCCCCAACCUGAAAACCGGCCUCAAGUUCUCCGCCGACGAGGAGAGGAUCGUCAUCGACCUUCAGGGGCAGUUCGGGAACAAAUGGGCCAAAAUAGCCACCUACUUGCCCGGGCGAACCGACAACGACGUCAAGAAUUUCUGGAGCAGCAGGCGGAAGAGACUUGCCAGGGUCAAUUCCCGCUCUUCUACCACUACCGCCGCCGCCGCCCUCAAGGAGGAGGAGGAGAAGUCGAGAUGUGAUGAAGAAGAGUCGUGUUCGGAAUGGACCUCAAUCCCGAUGCUGCCGCAGGAUCCAGCUGCGUGGUUCCCAUUCGAGCCGCCGGGCCGUUUAGGGCUAGAGACCGCACCUUGCACCUGCUGCGGGGCCGGCUUUAAUGUGUGCCCGCAGCAGCGACGGGAAGCUUGUUUCACCACCACCACCACACUCGGGGACGGUGACGAUCUGGCCUUGUUGGAUGCUCUUGGAAAUGCCCCACCAGCAGCAGAUGAAAGCCUCGUGUGUUGUGGCAGUACGGCGGCGACUAAUAACGAUGACUACUACUACUACGACUCGCUGAUCCCUCACCACACCUCCUUCAUGGAUGAGGACUUCCCCAUUGACUACGACGUGUUCGAUGACCAACUUCCCAACCCCAACAUCCCAUCUGCAGAUUCCUGAUGAUGAUUCAUGAUCCAGGACGAUGUGCAUACAUACUAUACGUAAUUAAUUAGCAGCUACAUCUAUUCUCA